AAAUUGGCGAAGAAUUUGGGAAAAUGCUAUCUUCUGUCGCCAGAAAGGAGAAUUUCAUAGUCUUUUCGAGUAGUCAUCACCCAAAUUGUUGUUUUAUUGGCGGCAAUUCAAUGUCCAGAUACUCCCAGACUGCACCAUCAAACAUGACAGCGCCCUGAUACACAACACGGGGGAAGUGCUUGCGAAAAGCCAGAGGAGAAAAUGGUGAUGAACUUUUGUGACAGGGCAGGAAUCGUCAAUUUCAUGCAGUUUUAAUGUUGUGAUAUGUCGGCCAAGUCUAACCCUAAACCUGAUGGUGGUGUCACUGCUGGCUCAAGGAAAGCUCUCAUCAAUAACACUAAAGGAAUGCUUUAUAAAUCCUGGUCUUUCUUGGCAGAAUAUUUGCCUCUAGCAAACUCACAAGCAUCUGAUUUCAUAGUUAAAAACUUGUGGAGUUUCUAUGUGCCGGAAAACAUCCAGAAAGAACUUUUGGAGAUGUCAGAUGAUGAAUUGUCUUCUUUACCAUCUGUCGUGACUGGAAAAGUGAUGUCAGAAGGUGAUGGGGUGACAGACCGUAACAGCGAAUUAUUCAAUGCUGAGCACUCCAAAGUGAAUACAAAAGCAGAAGAAAAGUGGGAGUCUUUUAACCCUGGGCAACAUCAUCUUAAAUGCAUUAAGUGUCAGUUCCUCGAGAAAUCUCCAAUGUCUGCAGAAGGAAGAAAAAAUGUUCAUCUUCAAACAUUAUGUCCUAUUGCUUGGAAUCAUUCAAAUCUGCAUGCCUUCACACAAGCUGCCAAAGACUAUACCCUGACCUCGAUGAAUGUGCUGACUUCAGUGGGUGAUGUGAGUGUGCUGCAAUGUGGUGUAGAUGAUGAUGAUGAUGAUGAUGAUAGACUUGAACGUGUGCUGAUGUCACAGAAGAAGAGUCAUGAGGUGGAAGUCAUGGCCGAAGUUUGCGCACAUAUGGCCGAUGUUUUCAAAACCAAUCUGACAGUGGACCUAGGCAGUGGGAAGGGCUACCUCAGCACUCAGUUGUGUUACGAAUUUAAUCAUCACGUCAUUGGGAUCGACUCCUCCAGCACAAACACAGAUGGCGCCACCAAGAGGGCAGGCAGACUGGACAAGGAAUGGGAUGCCAGAAAAAAACAGCCUGUGAAAUCAAAGAAAAAUUCACAAAGACACAAAGACCAUCCAUUAGCUUGUUUGUCAGAUAAAAGUACAAGGAAGGAUUUUAAGACAAAGUCCAGUUCUUUUGAGAGUAAAUGUUCAAGCUGUGAUAUUAAUGAACUCUCGGACAGUUUCAUUGCUUUUAAUGUCCAUGAUGUAGAUGAGGCAAUGGAGGACUCUCUUCAUGCAGAAAAUGCAGACAUUAAGCCUUCAGACCAAACUACUCAUGACCAUUGUUCAACAAGCAAAAAUGUUUGUCCGAACAAGGUUUUUGAGAAUACAGUAAAAAUCAACAAAAAUAAAUCCAUCAACAAUGAACCAUCUGCAGCUGACGAUACAAGUAAUAAUUCAGUGGAACAUUCGGAGAGUUUGUGUAACUCGGAUUCAACUGAGAAGCACAAAUACUCAAGGUCUUCAUUAAACAAUAGUUCUACCCUUGGGAUCCACACUACCACCAAGGACAGGCCUAAAGAGGAAAGGUUUGUCCCACUGACGAAGUUUGUAGAUUGUAACAUGAAGCUGAUGGAAUCGGUAAAGGAUUCGGUAGUUGAGUUGGGAUUGGACCCGGACAAGGCCAGACUGCUUCUGACGGGUCUUCACACGUGUGGGGGUCUUGGCUCAAGUCUUGUGCGUCUGUUCGUCAACAGUCCGUCUGUCACAGUCAUGUGUAAUGUCGCUUGCUGCUAUCAUCUCUUGGAGGAGGAGUUUGUUGCUGGUCCAUUUGGCGAUGCUGCAAGUGCCCCCUGUGUCAGCUCCGACUUCCCCAUGAGCAGCUACCUACAGGAGGGACAGAUAGGCUUGGGGAAGGCUGCCCGGAACAUAGCAUGUCUGUCUGUACACAGAAUGGCUGCAGAGAAACAGCUUCAGGGCCAGUCUUUCUAUGCAAGGGCCCUGUUAGAAAAGAUCAUCCAUGACUUGGUCGGAGACGUGGGACAUGGAGGUCGGAAACUCCGGAAACUAGACAAGCGAAGCAAGUCUCUGUAUGACUAUGUGGUGAAGGCAUUCACAAGACUGGGGCUACCUACAGACAAGGUGACCCCGGAACUUGUUGAAGGCUAUGACAGCAGGUACAGCCACGUUCGGCACCAGUUGGCAGCCUUUGUCCAGCUCCGCGCCGUCCUAGCUCCGUGUAUCGAGUCCCUCAUCCUCCUCGACAGAUAUCUGUAUCUCCUGGAACAGGACAAUAUCCAAGAUGUGUACCUCACACAGCUAUUUGAUCCAGUUGUGUCACCGAGAUGCUUUGCCAUCAUCGCCACCAUCGCCACCAAGAAGACCAGCUGAAAGUGCCUGGACCUAUUUUCAUCACCACCACCAAGUAGACAUAUGGUAACAGCAAAACCCACAAGGCAGUCAACGACCUGCAACCCUAUGGACCAGGCAUUGGUAUUGACAAGGAAGACUGCAUUAACCAUGCUCAUAAAAGAAUGGGCUCUGCCUUUCUGAAUUUGUCAAAAGAAUUUAGAAUAGGUGAUAGGGGCAGAGGAAAGCCCAUAAAAGACAAAGCUCUAAAGUUUCAGUGUUAAUACCGCUGUGCCAUCACUAACAAUGUUGGCAACAUCGAUGGUACAAGGAAUGCAAUCUGGGCAAGUUUGUUUAAUUGUAUGUCCACUGAUGAUUCUCCCCAUCACACUAGAUGUCCCACUCAAGUUGGUGUUUUUACAAUUGAGCACUGCCAAAAAAUCUUGAGUAUCCUUCUCGCGCGGACAACAUCCAACAUUAUCUUGAUGCAGAUAUUGCAGAUCAAAUGAUACUUGAGUUUCAAAGGAUGUCUGAUGAAAACCUCUUUAAGAGGAUGGUGAAAGGCAAGACAUAGAAUGCUAAUGAAUGCUUGCAUUCCGUGAUCUGGUCCCAUUGUCCCAAGAUCGUCUUUGUGGGUGCAAGGCGGUUGCAUCUGCAAUAGCGUCGUUCAAUGAGGGUACUUGUCAUAUUACUCAGGUAAUAUACAAGCUUGCAAAAGAAGCUAAUGAAAUAACAGCAGCUUCUAUUGAAAGACUUAAGAAAGUGAGAACCCUCAAAGCAAGGAAGCAAAGCCAGGCGACAUCUAAGACAGAAUGUAGCGCAAAGUGGGAAAUCUAAAGUAGGGACAGAGUUCGUGUUGAGGCUGAAUCUGAAGGCUUUAUCUGUGGUACUGGGGAGUUGUAGGUCCUGUUUCUUCUUUGUACAUCUAUUGUUUCAUGUAUCUUGAAUACUUCCCUUUUCUGUAGUGAUUACUUUAUGCAAUGACAGAGAGACUAUGACAACAUCACCUGGAAAAGGCUUAAUUUCAAUUUUUUACAUGUAUACCUCCUAGUUGUAACUAAUAAAAACUAACAAAUACUUGUGAAGCAUUUUGUCAUUUGUAAGGUGCAGUAUCUGGCCUUUAAAACAAAUUAAUCUGGUUUAAACAUUACAAAAAUGAUGAAUUGUCAGUUCUAUAUUUCUUAAGGAUCGGAGUUUUGAACAGUCCUAUAAAUGUCACCUAUGUCUGUUACCAAAGAUUGUUAACAGUAAUUAGCUUUCAAAAACAUGUCCUGCAUUCUUCACAAAGAUUCAACAACUUGUGGAGUCUUGUUGUAAUUGGUGUUUUGUUGUUAUCAGCUUCCAUCGUUUCUGUAGAGUUUCCUGAAAGAGGAGAUCCUUUUACAUCUUGUGUGAGUAUUCGCCAUCAAGCUGACAAAACUGUCUCUUUACUCUGACAAGACAUGUGUUCACCUAGGGGGUUUGAGUCUAUAAUCUCAUGUCUUUAGGUGUACACCACAAACAUGCCAUGGCUGUCCUGUGACAUGGAGCAAGGAUCAUAUCUUUCAGAAGCAGAACCACCCUGUCCCAGAAAAAAGUUCACUCUUUUAAACAUUAGGUGGAAUAUUUCUGAGUGUGGCGUUAAAAAACCCCAAUAAACAUGAUGCAAUAAGGGGAUGAAAACCAUAAGUAAGACCAUCACACAAGUAUGUAAGAAAGGUCUGGUCGGGGUGACGCCAUAGUUCCUCUUGUAUGAUAGUAAUAUUUAGUGGUGUCAUAAUUUAAGCCAGUUGUCACUUGUUGUCGACGCCAUGUCUCUUAUUAAAAGUAGGGUUAAAUUUCUUGCAAACCGAUUUAUUCAUUUUUUGCCGAAGUAUAUGGAACACACAUGCAAAAAGUUGCAUCAAAUGCGCAUGCAGCCACUGUCAUUGAAGUUGUUGCGGACUUCCUGUCCCAGGUAUCAUAUUUUUGGUUGUCCAUGAGAAUCGGUGGUGCUGUUAGUAGUGCUAGUCAAAGUAGCAUUCUUUUUUCCCAAGGUAUAUCAUAAGCUAGCCUCUUGAUGUUUUGCGGCUGACAGGCGAAUCAUAUUGCCAGUAGCUACAGUCGAGGGUGAGGCGAACAACAUGAUGGUGGAAAGCAUCUAGAUACGGUGAUUGUCGGACCUGAAUCCUUAGUGCUGAGACGUUUGUCGACUUAGAGAAUGUGGAGGGGUCAAUGGUGAAAGCAUCCUCUGCCUCCUCAUUGUCGUCAUCGUGUAUCUCCAAAAUGUGGGAUAUCUGUUGAGCCUUUGUCAUAUAUUUCCUGUCAUGUUCUGGUAGUGGGAACACACUGAGAAAGUGACAUACUUCUGAACGUCCAGCUUGACUGCAGAGAGGGCACAUCUUGUUUGCUGCAGCCCUCAUAAUCCUCACACCCUCCCCUGUAUGUAUCUCGCCUAGGAGAGAUGAUGUGCUGUCUCUUAAUUGGGUCACUGCGAAGACUGCGAUCUAAGGUCUUAGCUCUCUUUACCACAUGUGGCUUAUUGUUUGGCAGGCUUGGUCUUGGAGACCGAAAUGGAAGAGGUGCCACCCAGUUUCCCUCGGUGCCCUUGAACAUCUCAUUAUCCAUGAUUUGUAUAAAUUCUCUGUCUUCCAUGGAAGAUCCUGGCUUUUCAUCAUCCCUUGUCACUUUGAAUAUAGACCUCUCAGUUUGCUCAACUUCGAAAGACAUCAGUUUCCCAAAAUAUGACUGCUUCAUGUCGAACUUAUUUGGGCAUGGGUUGAAGAUUGAAGCUCGGCAUGUAUCUCUUCUGGGAGAGAUGAUAGAGCCUGCGAAACUUCUGGUUUAAUGGAAGCCAAAGUCUGAACGUAGUUCAGUACCUUUUUACAUUUCGUGUGAGUAUUUGCCAUCAAGCUGACAAAACUGUCUCUUUACUCUGACAAGACAUGUGUUCACCAAGGGGGUUUAAGUCUAUAAUCUCCUGUCUUUAGGUGUACACCACAAACAUGCCAUGGCUGUCCUGUGACAUGGGGCAAUCAUCAUAUCUUUCAGAAGCAGAACCACCCUGUCCCAGAAAUAAGUUGAGUCUUUUAAACAUAAACUGGAAUAUUUCUGAGACGGAUGUUUAACAAAAAACCUUAAGGGACCUGUUUGAAGGCAUCUGAAAUGUCUAGUUUACACAGUUUGGAGCCAUGACCUUUGUAAGAAAUGAUAGCGAUAGCGUGGUCGAUUGUCACAUAUGAAAGAGAACACUGAUCUUUGUCGCUGAGCUCAUUGAUGCUGAGUAUUUCCGGAGUGUCAUCGGGCAUCGACAGGUCAAGGACAAGUCUCUUCUUCUGGCUGUAUUUACCUAUGGCCAACCCAAGAGGACUCACCCUGUAUACAGGAUAUGGCACUGUCGAAAAUGGACCUGCAACGUAACCCAUUGCAACUUCUGACACUGCAGCCUGGUCUUUCCUAGCACUGUAACUGUUGUUGCACUCUAUGGAGGUUGUGGGUAGUGGAUGAAUGACAGAUUUGAAGCCAUAUCUUAGACCAUUAAUCAAAUAGUUGGUAAACUCAAUAUCCGGAUGAUGAGCCAGUUCAGGUUGUAACCUGGCAUGGUUAUUUGGGGUGAGUGGAGAUGAUACAG